AUGGACAAUAUAGUACCACCGUGCGCGGCGUGCAAGUACUUGAGGAGAAAAUGCACAAAAGACUGUGUGUUUGCGCCUUACUUCCCCACGAACAAACAAGAAAACUACGAAAUGAUCCACAAGGUAUUCGGAGCAAGCCAUGUUGCUUCACUUAUCAACGAAAUUCACCCUAGCCAGAGAGAAAUUGCCAUGAGCACGCUCACUUGGGAGGCACAAGUUCGUCUCAAUGACUUGGUCCAUGGCGUCUCUAGUAUCAUAGACCGCCUCCAAAGUCAGCUUAACGAUCUUCAAAACCAGCUCGCAAUCGCCAAGAACGAGCUUGCCUCUGGUGGUUUCGUCCCGACAUUCGCGCCACAGCACCCCAUUGCGUAUCAGCAACUCCAAUCCAAUCCUAUGAUACCGGAUACACCUAUUAAUGACGGCUAUCUAACGGCUCAACAGUUACAAAAUGAGGCUCAGCGUUUUGCAUCCACACAAACCGCUCAAAUGCAGCAAACGCAAGAGACACAUACGCAGCAUAAUGAGAGUGUGAUGACUGUCCGAGACAAAAAGAUAUGA